AUGGCGAAGCGUGGCAGAAGUGGAAAAGGAAGGGCAACUGUUUCUGACGAGGACGACGAAGACAAAUUCUUCGAAGAGGAGGCUGAUAAGGAGGACCGGGAAGAGGAUGAGUUCGACGAGCUCCGAUCCGGUGAUGGUGGCCACGACGACUCCGACGACAACACCGCGAGCGACAAGGAGGAUCAGGAGAACGAAGAAGAAGAUGAGGAUGGCGACGGUGAUGAGGUUCGGAAGUCGCUCGGUAUUGACGAGACACCCACUGGUGCGUCGGAAGACUAUGACGGCCCAGGGUACGUCAAGUCAGGACACCACCGCCGUCAGGCCUCCGUUCGCCGGUUGUGCGUCGAACAACGUACUUCCGGCGGUGCGUCCGGCACGUACGGUGUCAAACCCGGCGGGGUCGUCCCGUUCCUCGAGAGCUUGUGCGCCGAGACGCAGUACCAGAACCUCCUGACCCGUGUAGCCAAGGCGCUCGAGACGAAGGUGGACAUUCCACCCAUUCCAGCCGCUCCGUGGGCAACAUGGGCUAACGUCCACGGGUUUGUUGGCCAUGAUCUCUACAACGACGCACAAGAGAUGGUCCGACUGCUCGACUGGAUCGGCGAUGAAUCGCGCAUGAAUGUCCUCUGCGAUAUGAUGGAGCUGACGCUCGAAGCUGGGUGGAAGCCGAAACGGACCGGUCCAAUGCCACGCCCGGUGAAGAAGAAGGGAAAAGCUGCGGACAACGCUGACGAAACCGAGGGAACCACUGGCAUGAAGGUCGCGGGGGCUGCGCCGAAGGAAACUGCAAAGCACCUUCAACAACCGCCGCGGCGGUCCACCCGUGCAGUCCAGAUCACUGCCGCCGGGCUCGCGGCGGGUGUCAAGAUUACGUCCACUCCGCCAACCGGAGCAGUUGGUGCAGCCGCACAGGCGCCCGAGGUCCGGGACGGCAGGUGA